AUGAAACAAGGAGUGGACUUUGGUUACGGAAUAAAAUCCACAUUAGUACAAUGUUUGGUGUUGACGACAACGUAUUUCUUGAACGUCCAGCAAGGGAUAGAUGUGAUGAUGCCAACGAUAAUCAUCGGGGCGUUAGAAUCUAAUACAGGCGACAACUCCGUGCCCGGUAUAACGGCCGAACAGAUAUCAUGGAUAGGAAGUCUGGUGUACUUAUCACCGCCCAUUGGCAGCCUGUUCCUGUCACUUGUUCAGGUACGGCUUGGCCACAGGGCGUGCAUGGCGCUCACCAAUCUAAUCCAGCUGUCGGCCGUGCUGGUCGUGGUCCUUUUCCCGAUCACUGUGAGCACCCUGUACGCGUGCUCGAUGCUGAUGGGUCUGAGCACGGGUUUCGCCACCGGCCUGAGCAUAUCGUACAGCGGUGAGGUGUGCGAGCCAAAGCUUCGGGGCUCAUUGACGUCUGCCCUGAACGUGUUCUACUUCGUUGGAUUCUUCUUCGUCUCCACCACAUACGCGAUCACCAAGAGCUGGAAACAGUCGUUGAUUAUCACUGUCGCCGUGCCCCUGGCCAACAUGGUCACACUGUCGCUGACUCCCGACUCGCCAAUGUGGCUAUUGUCUAGAGGGAAGACGGACAAGGCCAGAAAGGUCUUAAUGAAGCUCCGGGGAUAUGUGAGUGAAGAGAAAUGCGCUACGGAAUUCCAGGAAAUGGUUCAAUACGUAUCUCUAUCGGCCAAAUCGGAAGAAGCAAAACAAAAAACAACUUCGAUUCUGUGUAAUUAUUCACAUCCAGGACUGGCGAGUCCGCUCAAGCUCAUGUUAAUCUACAUAUUCUUUUCAAACGUCAUGUCCGGUGUACCGUACGCGCCGUAUCUGAUGCACGUAUUCGAAUCGUUCAAAACAGAAGCAGAACCUGCAUGGGCAAUGUCCGCCUACCCCGGAUUCAGCAUCAUCGGCAACGUAUUUACCAUCCUAUUGGUACACCGGCUGGGCAAGAGAUGCCUUGUGCUGUCGACCAUAACCUUCUGCUCGAUGUCGUACUUACUCAUCGGUUUCAUCGGACAGUUUUACGCCGACGCCGAGUACGCGCCCUGGGCGAAAUUGGCACUGUUCUUCGGGUCAACGGUAUCCUCGUCGCUGGGCAUAAUGCCGAUCGGAUGGAUCCUCAUGAGCGAAGUGUUCCCGAUGAAAAGUAAGAACCUAGGUUGCAGCAUAUGUUCCGGGGUGUAUUUCUUCCUCAGCUUCUUCAUGACCAAGUUUUACAUGGACCUCGAGAGGUUUAUCGGCUUCUACAACACAUUCGUGCUGUUCGGCGGCGUGGGGCUCAUUGGGCUCGUGUACUUCUACUUCCGUCUGCCCGAAACCGAAAACAAAACGCUAAAGGAGAUCGCCGAACAAUUUAAGCUCGAACCGGUGUAG